AUGAUAACGGCAUAUCGAGGAGCCACCGUGACACGAUUUAAAAUUACGCUUCCGGCUCAACGUCAACCAGCACAGCAAAGUGUUACCCGGCCUACUCCACAAGGUCAUAUUCAGAUUGCUCCUGGAAUAUUUGUCCCAGAUGUUCCGGCCGGUGGAUCGAAUGCGGCAUCCGACGACGAUAUUAUUUGUAUGAAGGCAAUGGACGAAUUUGAGAAUACAGAUUCUUUUACUACCAACGUUAACGGGAAACGGGUUUCCUCUGCCAACACCACGUCGGCUGCUAGGGCGAAAAAAGCGCACAUGAGCCUAGUACAGUCCCCCGGUUUCGUUGAGAUUUCGUCCUCAGCAAAUAGAAAAAUUGUAUGGUACUAUGCCAAAAAUGUUUAUAAUACAAUGAUUUAUACCGAGUUUCUUCGAUCGCUCGAACCCGAGCUAAAUAAAAUAUUGAAAACACGCGUUCAGCAAGGGGCGAUUAAAUUUAACCUUAAGCUCGAGGCGACCUAUAACCGGGUCAACGUACCAAACUCGUCGGAGAACCGAGCGUUUAAAACAACAGCAACCGAAAUUUAUCCGGAUAGUGAUAUCGACUCAAUAGUAGAACAAGCGUUCGUGAAAUUAUUAGCUGAGGAAGACGCUUAUGUUUCUCGCGGUAGUGGCUUUACUUUGGAAGCCAUAGACGGCUUAUUAUUGGGAAUAUAUAACUACACACCAAUGACUGGGUCGUCAUAUAUUGAAUUACCAGCAUACAUCGACAGGAAACGGGGCACCAUCAACCCACAAAACAAUGACCAGCAAUGUUUCAAGUGGGCGAUUCUUGCGAGGCAUGUGGUCGAUAAUUUAUCGGAUAAAUAUAAAUAUUGUGUCGGUAAAAACUAUACACAACACGAAGCAAAAUAUAAUUUUGAUGAUAUUUCGUUUCCAACACCACUAUCGGAUAUUUCUAAAUUUGAAAAAAAUAAUCCGAACGUCACUGUGAAUGUGUAUGGGUUGGACAAAAAGUUCCAGCCGCCGCGUAAAUAUCCGACGUACGAGGUGUACCCGCUACGUGUCGUUGAUGAGGAGAAAACCAACCACUUUGAUCUGUUGUUGGUGACGGACGGCGACAACUCUCACUACGUGUAUAUAUCGAAUUUUUCCAGGCUGGUCCGCGCUCAGAAAACCAGACACACUGGGAGUGUCGUGUUCUGUAAGAGAUGUUUUACGAGUUUCGACGACAGACGUCAUAAAUUCAAGUUGAGUGGGCAGGAGGCCCUGGACCAACACAAAUUGAUUUGCGGCGCGCACAAACCAAUUUUACCAGAGAUGCCUAAGGAGGGUGAUUGUGCUGAGUUCAAGGCGUGGAAAAACACGGUUAGGCACCCGUUUGUCAUUUACGCGGAUUUUGAGGCGAUCUUGACGAAGACGGAGGAGGCAAGAGGGGGUAGUACCACGAUUACUCAGAAACACGAAGCUAUGAGUUAUGGGUUUUUGGUGAAAGCGAGCGAUGACGUACCGGCAGAGUUAUUGCUUCAACACCAGAUACCGGCGGGGCCGGUAAUCUACAGAGGCAGCGAAGACAGGACGGACGUAGCGAGACAUUUUGUGGAGGCGAUAGUUGAGGUGGCCCAGAAAAUUGAAAAUCUCAUGAAGACGAAUAUUCCGUUAAAAAUGGCUGAGGGUGAAGAAAAAACACAUCAAGAGUGUAUUAAGUGUAAUUUAUGCAAAUGUAUAUUAGUCGGGGGCGAUAAGGUUAGGGAUCAUGAUCAUUUGACAGGCAAAUUUAGGCAGACCUUGUGCUCUAGGUGUAACUUAGAGUUGCAACAGCCUAAAUUUGUACCUGUCUUUUUUCAUAAUCUCACAAACUACGACUCGCACUUCAUAAUCACUGAACUUGGGUAUGAUACUAAGACUAUCAACGUUAUACCGAACAGUGAAGAGAAAUAUAUAUCUUUUUCGAAAUAUAUAAGUAGUACCUUCACUGUUCGGUUUAUCGACACGUUUCGGUUUAUGGCGUCGAGUCUGUCGUCCCUGGCUGAAAAUUUGCUUACACCCGAACAUGAGAAAUUCCGUGAGACAGCCAAACAUUUUGUCACCGGAGAUAUGCCGCUCGUGACUCGUAAGGGGGUGUACCCGUACGAGUACACGGAUAGUUGGGAGUGGCUAGAGGAUACUAGGUUACCGAGUAAGAGGAGCUUUUACAGUACGUUAACAGAGACCGGGAUUAAGGAGAGCGAAUUUGACCAUGCUAAGGAGGUAUGUAUACACUUCGCACGUAUUUAG